CACAGAAAUCGGCAUCAUUGAAAAACCCGGAGUUUCGACACUUGGAACAUUUACCACUUUUUUCUUCUUUCCCCAAAUCAUGGCAACUCCCGAUGCAAUUCAUCAUGGCAUGGUAAGCGUAGCGCCUUCACAAGCAGGACACGUUAAUCAGCCAACCAUUCCAACCUGUGACACCAUUAUUGAUCUCACCGUUCUCAAAGGCGACAAGCUCAAAAGUGUGGUACUUGAAUUGAUAGCCACUUUAUUUCCUGACUGGGCCAAAGGCGUAACUGAAUAUCAACUUGAUCGUGUCAGUGGAGCGUUAACAAAUGCCGUAUUCUUUGUGAGCGCACCGAACCGUGACCGUCUCUUACUGCGUGUAUAUGGUAUUGGGUGCGAUCAGAUAGUGGACCGAGAAAACGAAUUAGCGUGGUUAGCUCGCUUGUCGCAGUUGAACGUAGGACCGAGAUUGCUGGCUACCUUUGGAAAUGGCCGUUUCGAGGAAUACAUGCCUUCUGUCACCUUAACUCGCGAUGAUAUUCGUGAUCCUGAUACCUCUGUUUUGAUUGCCAAGGGAAUGCGUCGUUUGCAUGCCAUCUCCAAAGUGUAUCCACCGACUUCCACCGAUCGAUUGGAAAUAUGGGUAAACGUCGACAAGUUUUACCGGGUGGUGCUCAGCAUUCUGCCGGAAUUAUACCGAAAAAACGAAGGUUGGGCCAAAGUGCUUCGAGAAUACAAUAUUGAACGCUUACAGCACGAAAUUGCCCAAUGCAAAGCCAUCACUGAGGCCGCCAACAGUCCCAUCGUAUUUGCUCACAACGAUACACAACCCGGCAAUAUCCUCAGAUGUCAUGAUGGCGAGCUUGUAAUUGUGGAUUUCGAGUAUGCUGGCUAUAAUCCUCGAGGAUUCGAUAUUGCCAACCACUUUUGCGAGUGGAUGUACGAUUACCACAGUGACACGCCAGCCUCCAUGGAAACAGAAAACUACCCUACUGAGGAGCAGCAGAUGCGAUUUUUGAGUGCUUACGUGGCGGAAGCCAAGGCUGAACAUAGCGAUGCUCCCUCCGUCGAAGCACUGUCCAAAGAAGUCGCGGUCUGGGUAAUGGCCGGUCACGUCUUAUGGGGCCUUUGGGGUUUGAUUCAAGCUAACCAAAGCGAGAUUGAUUUCGAUUACUUCCUGUACUCCAUUCAACGUCUCAACGCCUUCCGUAAUGAAUUCAGCAAAUACGCCUAAGUAAAUUCACAUUUGUCAAUUAUAGACUGUAUAUAAUAGCUGUAUAACAGGAUCCAAAUUAAUGAAAAAAAAAUGGAGAAUCCGUUGGUGGUCUUGGCUACCCAUGACGGUGUUCCUGUAAUAAAAAAAAAAUACCAAAAUUUCUCUACAA